UAGUGUGAGCCACACGUGGUGAGCGAACGUCGUGGUUUUGAAUUCCGAAGCGGUUGGAAUUUGGAAAUGUAAAGAAGGAUUGGGUUGAAUUUGAAGACAGCUUGAUCCUGUGGUAUAUAUAUGGCGUAAAAGAUAAGAAAAAACCCUAGAUAACCCCUCACUCCCUCAAAUAUGGCCAAAAAGAAAGUGUCCGAAUCUCUGGACCCCAUGGCUGCCCCAACCGAUGACUCCUCCUCGGCACUGCAGAUUCAGAACCUCAAAAACCUCAACGCCCUCCUUCUCAAGGAGACCACCCAACGCCGCCACCAGAUUCACUCUCUCCAGUCCGCCCUCCACCGCUCCGCCGUCACAUUCGACACCAACCUCGCCUUCCACCUCCAAAACGCCGUCGUUUCCGUCUUCUUCAAGAACCAGCUCCAGGAAAUGAACCUCCGCUUCGACACCCUGCUCGGAGAUAGGGACUUCGAGGUUUCCGCUCUCAAGCACCAGCUCAGCGACCUCGUCGCGCGUCUCGAGAACGAAACGACUGCUCUCGCCGAGGAUCGUGACGGGCUCUUUCGCGAGACGAAGCGGCUGGAGGCGAGCGUCGACCGAGAGAGGAAGCUUCGGGAGGAAGCGGAGAAGGUUAGGUCGGAAGGCGAAGAGUUUUUGUCUCGGAAACAGAGAGACAUUGCGGAACUGGAAACUGAGCGAGAUUUGGCGGUUAAGAGUUCUCAGGAGUCGCGUACUGCGAUUGGAACGUUGAAGGAGGCGAUUGAAGCGGUGACUAGGGAGAAGAGUGAGAUUCAAAGCCGAAACAGUGCUCUAGAGACGAAAAUCGGUUAUCUGGAAACUGAGUUGAAGCAACUCAACGAUUAUACGCGGAAGGAAGAGGAGAUUACGCGUGCGAAGAUUCUCGAACUGGAAGGGAACCUUGGCAUUGCCAUGCAGAAGGAAGAGGAGAUGAAAAUGGAGAUAAGUGCUCUUCUGAAGGAGAAGAAGGAGGUGGAAAUGAAUGUUGAAAUGUUAACAGAGGAAAAAGAUGGUGUUCGUGAGGCUCUGAGUGUGGUUCAGAAGGAGUUGGAGGAUAAGCAGCGCGAGCUUGAUGAAGCUGUUAAGGGAAGGAAUGAGAUUGAGGAGGUCAAGGUCAAUCUCGAGGAUAAAAUUGUUGAGUUGCGAGGGAAAGUGAAUGAGUUGAAAGAGUCUGGUAAAAAGUUUGAAGAGGAAAACAAACAGUUGCUUUCGCAGGUUAAGCGUUAUGAAAAUGCUGUUGAUGAAGCUGUGCUUGAGAAGGAUAGCAUCAAGAAGGCCUUUGACGAGGAGAAGAAGAAAGUGGUGAAGUUAGAGUUGCUUAUUGCAAAAACGAAGGAAGUGGCUGCGAAAAGUGAUGCUGAGUUGGGACAAGUGAGAAGUGAAAGAAACAAGCUAGUUGAGAAGGAAAAGGAACUAGAAGGCAAUGUGAGUGUUUUGAGGGAAGAAAAUGAAGCAUUGCAGGGUAUGCUCGCGAAGGCGCGAAAGGAGUCCAAGGAUUUGAAUGCCAAGGUUGAAGUUUGGUGCAGCAAUUCAAACAAAGCACUGUCAUUGUUGAAGACUACUGCUGCUGCACUUGUGUGUCAACACAAGGAAAGGGGUGGCGAUGAAGUGGUGGCGGCGGCCGAUGAGAAUCCUGUGGAAGAAAUUCAGCCGUAUGCUCAAGAACUGGAUGCAAUAAAGAAGGCUUUCAAAACAAAGGAUGAGAUGGUAGAUGACAUGAAGCAACAACUUGUUUCACUCAACAAGUCUGUGGCUGAGGCACACAAGAGUAAGAGCUUGUGGACUGUGAUAUCCUCUGCAACUACAAUUUUUGCUGCUGUCUUAGCUGCUUAUGUUGCUAGAGGACGCUGAUGAACUUUUGUGCUUUUUUCACUUCUUAUAUGAAUGAAUGACUUACUUUGGUAAUAGGAUCAAGAUAGAUAUAUGCCUUUUAUAAUAUGAACUAGUUGAGCUCAGCUAUAUGUAUCUUGAUCGUUAUUAGAGAAUAACAUUUUGAUCUGCAUUGAGCUCAAAACUUGAAGAAAUAUGCAAGCUACUUACCUAUAAUCAAUGCUAUGUUGUUUGGUGUUAACAUCUA